AGCGGGCGUGGGCACAGCCACAGGAACUCUCCCUAAGAUGGCCGCCGCCGCCUCCGCCUCCGCGCGGGAGGGUGGGCGGGACCCUCAGCUUCCGUCGCGGGCCGGAAGUGACGACUGGCACCCAUGGCUGCCGCGCGAGAGCCCCAGGAGCCGGAGAGGAAGCCCUUUAAGCUCCUAGGAAUUUUAGAUGUUGAGAACAUUCCAUGUGCACGAGAAUCUAUCCUAUAUGGCUCACUAGGAUCCGUUGUGGCUGGACUUGGACAUUUCUUGGUGACCAGUAGAAUUAGGAGAUCAUGUGAUGUUGGAGUAGGAGGAUUUAUCCUGGUGACAUUAGGAUGCUGGUUCCAUUGUAGGUAUAAUUUUGCUAAGCAGAGAAUCCAGGAGAGAAUCGCCAGAGAAGGAAUUAAAAAUAAGAUUUUAUAUGAAAGCACCCACCUUGAUCCUGAAAGAAAACUCAAGAGCAGUAACAACAGCUGAGCAACCCUGAGCAUAGAGAGUGAACUACUUACUCCUCUGGAGCACCACAAAUGUAUAUACUGUGUACAAUUAAAAAAAAAAGCUCAUUGUGUGUGAAUUGUGUCACUUGCAUGAAAACCUUUCUGGUCUCGGGAGCCAGUACAGUAUGCUUGUUAACACUGCACAGCACUCAUGCCACGACACAAGAGUGUGAAACUUUCCUGUAUGCUGAAUGCACUAAACCAGACUGAAGGGGAAACUGCACUUCAACAAGGAUAUCCAUUACUGGUCCUACUGCUGUCAGGAUGACCCAAAGGACAAUGUCUGAAAUUAUUCUGUUCUCUAUCCUUCAACAACAAAACUUUUCCUUUUGAUCACCAUGAAGGGUGGGGUGCAGACUUAUAUAACUACCCAGAGUCAAUGAUGGUUUUUACACACACAUGUAUUACUAAGUUUCAGCUGGUAAGCACUUCAGGACUUAGCCAUUGAUAAGAGAAUUUGCAGUAUUUGUCAAUGGUGAUGGCCAACCUAUUGUUCUAACAAGCUGUGCACAGUGAGUGUUCUUAGGCUCUCAGAUUUAACCUAACAGGGUUGUUGAUUUAAGUUCUAGCUUUAUUAUACUGCAGUUAUUAUCUUACCGUGAAAGAGAAACCUUUCUUGGCCAGUACCAUUUCCAGUAUCUUCACUACUUACAAAGUUCAGUUUCACAGCAGCACAACUGAAUAAAAAGAAUCACAAAGCAUUUGUUUCCUUGGCCUCCCCGGAAUGUUUUCUAUUACUUCUGCAAGCACUGAUGUUUUAGCCUUGCACUCCUCACUGCAAGUGUCCCAAUGCUGCUAUCACAGGUGUAAUUACUACGGACCCCAACGACACCCGAGCCUCCACACCAGAAACCUUUGCCAACCUUCCAUUUCCCUCAGAAACUGGUGUGCCUUUAGUAGGCGAUUUUGCAUCAAGCCACAGCCACGUGCCACACAUGUAGGUUCCCAAAAGGUCAGGCUUAAUUUUGAAUUACAGUGCUAUGUAUUUACUAGGUAGGGUCUAAGAUACCAUGUCCACCCCAACCAAAAAUUUUAUUGCAGAUUUUAAGCUCAACCUACCUUCAACGCCCUCUUGUGCACAUUGCUUCCUUCAUGGUUCCGAUAAUCCCGAAUUUCAUACUAGGUGAUAUGGCAGUAGGUACCAGCUAAAUAGCUGAUUAAAAUAGAAUUGUAGUGUUAGUGGUGUUGAAGUUUCUUUUGGUAGUUUUAUCUAACAUCCUAGGCUGUACUCCUUUCCCUCCUCCCUUAACCCCUCCCUCUUUGAUUCCUUGCUUCUCCACCUCAGUAAAAGGACCUCAGGGAAAUUUAAUAGAACAGCUUUUUUCUAGACUCGUGACUUGUUGACUGAAUUUGGCAACAAUAAAUCUCAACUAUGCUAAAACCAG